GAAGAUGAGCGGCCCGGGCGCCAGGUCCAGCCACCUGUCGCAGCCGGUGGUGAAGAGCGUGUUCGUGUACCGCAACGGGGACCCGUUCUUCGCGGGGCGCCGCGUCGUCAUCCACGAGAAGAAGGUGUCCAGCUUCGACGUGUUCCUGAAGGAGGUGACGGGCGGCGUCCAGGCGCCCUUCGGGGCGGUCCGGAACAUCUACACGCCGCGCACGGGCCACCGCAUCCGGAAGCUGGACCAGAUCGAGAGCGGCGGCACCUACGUGGCGGGGGGCCAGGAGGCCUUCAAGAAGCUCAAUUACUUGGACAUAGGAGAAAUGAAGAAAAGACCAAUGGAAGCUGUUAACACAGAGGUAAAGCCAGUAAUACACAGCAGGAUCAACGUGUCAGCACGCUUUAGAAAACCACUCCAGGAACCCUGCACGAUCUUCUUGAUCGCUAACGGAGACCUCAUAAGUCCCGUUUCUCGCCUCCUCAUCCCCAGAAAGGCCUUGAAUCAGUGGGAUCACGUACUACAAAUGGUCACAGAAAAAAUCACGCUCAGGAGCGGGGCAGUCCACAGACUUUAUACUUUAGAAGGAAAACUUGUUGAGAAUGGGGCGGAGCUGGAGAACGGACAAUUUUACGUGGCUGUUGGAAGAGACAGGUUUAAGAAAUUGCCUUAUAGUGAGUUACUUUUUGACAAGUCCACCAUGAGGAGGCCUUAUGGUCAGAAAGCUUCUUCACUGCCUCCUAUUGUAGGAUCCAGGAAGUCUAAAGGGAGCGGGAAUGAUCGCCAGUCUAAGUCAACAAUCGGAUCCAGCGACAGCUCCUCGCCUCAGUCUCUGAAGAGGAAAGGGAAGAAAGACGAGGGGAAUUCAGAAAAACCCACAAAGGCGAAACAAAAUGUGAAGUCGAAGAAUUCACAACGAACAAUUCUUAACAGUGAUGAAGGCAUUUUCAAAGCUGGAGCAGAGAGGUCUGAAAUGCGGGGGGCAGCAGAAGUCCAGGAAGAUGAAGAGACUCAAGUUGAGGUUCCAGUCGACCAGAGGCCAGCAGAAAUAGUGGAUGAGGAGGAAGAUGGAGAGAAAGCAGCCAUAGAUGAAGAGCAGAAAGAAGACUUUUCAGGGAUGAGUGGCAGAGCUGGGGAAGGAGGCAGGGAUGCUGCUGACACCCCUGAGCGCAGCGGGGAGAAGGCCAGUCCCGCCCAUGUACAUGGAGGAACUGAUGAAGAAAAUGGAGAGGAGCUAGCCCAGGAUAAAGACGAGCUUCAGUCAGCAGUGGAUGAGCAACAAAAGUCUCCAGGAGCUGGUGGUGGACAGGAAGAGGCUGAUUUAGAUCCUCAAGGACCAUCCAGACCAGAAGUAAAAAUCACUAGUCCUGAAGAAAAUGAAAACAAUGAACAAAAUAAGGACUAUGCUGUUGUGGCAUAGAAGGUUUUUAAAAAGCGAGUAUAUAGAUUAUAAGAAAGAGGUUGUGAUACCUGAAUAAUAAGCACGGUCAUUGCUAAACAUAAGAAGACAACAUGGAUGAAUAUUACUUUUUGAAUUUUAAAAAUAGAAACCUAAGGGAAAGUCUAGAUAAUUUUAGCAGCUACCAAGGGACGAUGCCUUAUUUUUGUGGUAUGUGUUUUUAAAAGUCACUUAGAAGAGUUAAGUAAGAAGGACAGAGAAGAACUUACCUUGGAAGACAGUUGGCCACUUAGGUUUGUAAACAUAAAAUGUAGGAUCAUUCCUAGUGCAUCCUUUAUUGUAAAUUUAGAAGCAAGAUUAUUCAUUGUCGGCUUGUUGUAAAGUAUUUGUCCAAGAUAGCAUAGAAUUUAAAGAAUUGGUAAUAGUACAACCUGUAUUAUUUUCUGAAAGCAAUAAAUUUGAAGAAAAAAUUGCAGUUUAGUCUCAGAGAAAACUUGGAGAUAGCCAUAGAUUGAAAUGUUUCCAUAACGUAUCCACAUCCCUUUCCUCUUUUCUCUUUAGCCAAAAGCCACCUUGUGUAAGUUAGAAAGGCAAUGUACAGUGCUCGUGCUGGCUAGAGGAAACAUUCCUGCAGAGGACUAGUGGCUAAAGUCAAGGUCUUUCAAGUUCCACCUCGUGGCUGCAAGGGUCAAACUCUGGAAGCAGCAAUGAGGGAACACGUGGUCAUUACUGGCUGGAUGGUUUGCAAAUUCUGGAAAUCCUAUGGAUUUUCACAGGUCCAGGAUACUUGUACCAAUAAUUUUAGAAAGAGAAGCUUAUAGGAAAGAGUAGAUAACUUUUAACUAGAUAUCCUUUUCUUCUCCCUCACAUUAUUAUAACAGAAAACCUGAUAUCAGUUAUUCCAGAGGUUGAAUUCUUCCUAAUUUUUUUAAAACAAAAAACAAGAUAAUGUAAUAUGAACUGGAAAAAGGCAGUAAGGAGUUUGUGACUGCUCAAUUUCACUUGCUUUUUGCUUUCUAUGAGGGUUAUCCUAUGAUAUUUUUGCCUCUGGAGAUAUCAGCAUUCAUUUUAAUAGUUAUAUUUAGUCUUUCCAGCAGAUUCCUUCUUAUAUAAUUUAAAGCCAUAAUUGUGCAAAAAA